GCUGCUUUUGCAAGCUGUUUUGCAGAGCCUGACCUCGCCCAGAAGAUUGUCCUUGACCCAGACACGGGAGAGGAGCGCCGGAUCAACCUGGGAGAGGACUACCGCGGCCGCAAAGUGGAUCCUGGACGCGACGUUUGGGUGCUGCAGGUGACCGACGAUAUGGGCACGGUGAAGCAUGCUGGAGCCGAGGCCGACGGCUUGCUGAGACUGCUCCGGCUUCGCUUGGCCAACCUCCGACGAGAGCUCGGGGACGAUGCCGAGAUCACGCUGGACUGCAUGUACGAGCUCGGGAGGAGGCUGCAUGGCCGCGCCCUGCACGAAGAAGCGGAGCAGCUGUACAAGGAGUGUCUGCGAG